AUGACUUCGAAGAACAUGAGACCUGCAUCGUUCGCCGCAGCAUUGCUGGGUAUCGCUGGCGUUGGUGCCGUCGAAAAUGGGCUUGCCAGGACACCUCAGAUGGGCUGGAACAAUUGGAACACAUUUGCAUGCGAAGUGUCAGAAUCACUCUUGCUCGACACCUCGUCCCUGCUCAUUGAAUACGGUCUGCGAGACUUGGGCUAUAACUACGUUGUCUUGGACGACUGCUGGUCAAAGGGUCGCGGCGACGAUGGCUACCAAAUUGUUGAUGACAAUAAAUUCCCUCGAGGAAUGAAGUCUGUCUCAGACAAGUUGCACAAACAAGGACUGCUGUUCGGCAUGUACUCCAGUGCAGGAGAGAUGACAUGCGCACGAUAUCCUGGAUCUCUCGAUUACGAGAUUCAAGAUGCAAAGAGCUUCGCCUCGUGGGGAGUGGAUUACCUCAAGUACGACAACUGCUACCACAUGGGACGAUUCGGCACACCAAAAAUCACAUUUGACCGCUUCAACGAGAUGGCCAAAGCCUUGAAGGCUACUGGCAGAGAUAUUCUCUACAGCUUGUGCAACUGGGGAGAAGAUUAUGUCCACACAUGGGGUCCAUCGCUCGCCAACUCAUGGCGUAUUUCAGGAGACAUCUACGACAGCUUCGCGCGUCCUGAUGCACUCUGCGCUUGCGUCGAUCCAAACGAUCCUCACUGUGUCGCACCUGGUACACACUGCUCCGUGCUAUCCAUCAUCAACAAAGUCGCGCCCUACACCGAUCGUGCCCUGCCAGGCGGCUGGAACGACCUCGACAUGCUCGAAGUCGGCCUCGGCGGGCAGACCGAAGAAGAAUACAAAGCCCACUUUUCCAUGUGGGCAGCUCUAAAAUCUCCAUUACUCCUAGGCAACGACCUCCGCGAAAUGGACGCCACGACGCUCUCCAUAGUCAACAACCCAGCCAUCAUCGCCAUCAGCCAGGACCCUCGCGGCAAAGCCGUCAUCCGCAUCUCACGGAAUACAUCCGUUCCCAAAGACGAAUUUGAUAUCGGCGAGACACAAGUUUGGAGCGGACCACUCGCCAACGGCGACCAAGUCGUCAUCUUCCUCAACGUCGCAAAUGAAGAUCUCGAAAUGUCCGCUUCGCUCGAGGAAAUUUUCGUUAUGGACGGUGUACAUGGUACCGCUCUGCAGAAUAAGCAAGAUUGGGCUAUUCAUGAUUUGUGGAGCAAUGGACACAGCAGAAUGACAAAAGUCAAUGCGGAGGAGAUCUUGGCUGCUGAGGCGGGUGAAGCGAGGGCGCAGGUACUCCGAAGCCAGAGGGUGUACAAUGCUACGGAAACGCCCUAUGCUGCGGGGAUUGAGGCUGGUGAUUCGCGGUUGUUUGGCGAGAAGGUUGGGACGGUUUCUGCGGGUGGACGGAUCACGGUGCCUGUUGCGAGGCAUGCGGCUAAGGUGUUUAGGUUGCGAGCUUUGAAUGGUGAGUCUAAGACGAGGAAGACUUUGGUGAAGCAGGAGCUGUGA